GUCGGGUAGAAGCUGCUGCUUCAGAGUUUAUUUCCACAGAAAUGAAUAAAUAAAUAAAAAGAAGUAAAGUCGAGGGUCGCGGAGUUAAAGCUUCAGAUGCGUCGAGGAGGAAAAAGAGCUUCAGGACCAUGUCCCCGUCCGGCUGCAGGACUGUCUCUGCUCCUCUCCACGGUCGUAACCUGACAUGAAGGACUGAAGUCUGAGGACGCAGCGCCCCCUGCUGGACCCUCUCUGCAGCUGCAGGCCAUGGCCGAGCUCAGCUACUCCCAACUGAUCGCCAAACACUACAACCACACGGGCAAGUUCCGCAAGACCCAGCAGGACUCUCAGGGCCUGAAGGCCGACUCCGUGGUCUUCAUCAUCGUGUGCUGCUUCAUCAUCCUGGAGAACAUCCUGGUCCUCGCCACCAUCUGGAGAACCAAGAAGUUCCACAAGCCCAUGUACUACUUCAUCGGGAACCUGGCGCUGUCGGACCUGCUGGCCGGCGUCGUCUACACCGCCAACAUCCUGCUGUCGGGCGCCAACACCUACAAGCUGACGCCCACGCAGUGGUUCAUCCGGGAGGGCAGCAUGUUCGUGGCGCUGGCGGCGUCCGUCUUCAGCCUCCUCGCCAUCGCCAUCGAGCGCCACCUCACCAUGCUGAAGAUGAAGCUGCACAACAACGGGAACACCUGCCGCGUCUUCCUGCUCAUCAGCACGGUGUGGAUGAUCGCGGCCGUGCUGGGCGGCCUCCCCGUCAUGGGCUGGAACUGCAUCGAGAGCAUGGCCAAGUGCUCCACCGUGCUGCCGCUCUACCACAAGACCUACAUCCUGUUCUGCACCACCGUCUUCAGCAUCAUCCUCAUGGCCAUCGUGGUCCUCUACGCCCGCAUCUACGUGCUGGUUCGCACCCGGAGCCGCAAGCUCAGCUUCCGCAAAGUCACCAACGGCCGAGGCAACGCCGGCGCCAACAGCAAGAGCUCGGAGAAGUCCCUGGCGCUGCUGAAGACCGUCAUCAUCGUGCUGAGCUGCUUCAUCGCCUGCUGGGCGCCGCUCUUCAUCCUGCUGCUGCUGGACGUGGCCUGCGAGACGCGGAGCUGCCCGAUCCUCUACAAGGCCGAGUGGUUCCUGGCGCUCGCCGUCCUCAACUCGGCCAUGAACCCGCUCAUCUACACGCUCACCAGCAACGAGAUGCGCCGCGCCUUCAUCAAGACGCUGCUGUGCUGCACCGCCUGCGUCCGGCCGCACGCCAAGUUCACGGGGCCCGCCAUGGGGGCGGAGUUUAGCCGCAGCAAGUCGGACAACUCCUCCCACCCCAACAAGGAGGAGGCGGAGUACUCGCCGCGAGAGACGACCGCAGUGUCCUCGGGCAACGUCACCUCCUCGUCCUAAACGCCGAGACGUAGGGGGGGGGCGGGGACGGGGGCGGGGUCACAUGUGAGCGUCGAACCUUCGUCCGAUCAGGACUCACAGCACUUAUGAAACUUUUAAACUGGUGGAACUGGGACCUGAAGUAGAGGAGGUUCACACCCUGUAAAUAGACCACAAGCUUCAGUCAGAGCCGCCUGCAGGAGGAUCGACUCUCCGGGUCUCUGGAUGGUUCUGGAUGGUUCUGGAUGGUUCUGAAUGGUUCUGGAUGGUUCUGGAUGGUCUCUCUGGAGUCUCCCCUGCAGGAUGUGGAUCCUGAGGUGGAACCAGGAAGUGAUCCAGACGCCCUCAGAUGCAGAAGUGACCGGACUGGAAGCUGAAAGCUUAAAUGCGCGGUGAAGGAGGCUGAAGGCAGCAUUUUGUAGAUGCAUCAUGGAGGUCGAUAUUACUAAACAGCAGCUUUGUAGAAAGUGUUAUUGAUCCUCGUAGAAGAACCAGACGUCGUACUCACCCUCUAAGAACAACUAGAACCUGUAGCACUUAAAUACACAAUAUUUAAGAAAUACAAAUUAAUUCAGGUGGGAAUGUUUCUUUACCUCCACUUUCUUUAAAUAAACACACACACAAAAAAACUCAGUCAUGAAUUCAGAGCUCAGCUGCUUUUCACCAGAAAAUAAAUAAAUAAUAAAAUAUAAUAGUCAUCUCAUCUUCCGUUUAACCCUCACUAGGGUUGGGGGGCGUUAUAAAAAUAAUUCUGUGUAUUAAAUUAAAUAAUUAUUGAAGUCAAGUUUGGCCAAAAACGGAAAAACAAAAACAAAAACAAAAAAACGCUUUUUAAUUUUUUAAAGUUUGUAUUGUUGGAAGUCAAUUUGAUUAGUGAAGAAGAAUUAAAGCAAACUUAUUUUAUUUAAAAUAAAAUCAAAAAUCUAUGAGAAAAUAAUAAAACUUGACAAAGUAUUUGUGAAAUCUGUGAUUAAAAAAGCAAAACUUUCAGAUAAAAUUAUUUGUACUAAAUAAAUUUAGUACAAAUAAUUCAAACUUUAAGUUUAUUUUCCUUUUGCUGAUUGUUUUCAGAAACGCAGACGGUUUUUAAUCGUGAUGAAAUUCUUUAUUUUUUGAACUGUGAGAUUUUUCAUAUGUGAGAAGCAGCUAAACUCUGAAUCCAUGAAUCUUUGUUAAUGGGCGUUUUAUUUUAUUUUAUUUUAUUUUUAUUUUUUUGUAAAAAGUUAACUGUGUACAUGUUGUAGAAACCGUGGGUCAGAAUGUAUUUUGUACUUUCUCUCUGUUCCUGUUGUCGACGUCCGUUUAGUGGAAAUUAAUUUAUGUCUGAAAGCAGAAAACAAAAACCUUUAGUUUCCCAGUAAAUGAAAGAUGUCGUUGUGCGUCUGGUCUCAGAGCUACGGAGUCAAACCAAAACUACCCACGAUUCAUUCAAAACAAAUAGAAACGUCAUGCAAAUAUUCACAAAAAUAAACUGAAAGUUAAAGUUGAGCCACAGUUUGUUUAGAACGUUUUGUAGAGUUUUUAAUCCUGUCACAUGGUAAAGAUCACGUGACGUCAGGGUCGGGAAAAAAUAGAAAUUUCAAACAAACAAUUGAAAUAAAUGGACCUUGUGAUGAGAAAA